CGGUGGCGGCCUGGGUGGUGGGGGUCUACGGUGGUUGUGGUGGUGGCGGCGGCGGCGCUGCUGUUCCCCGCGCGGUCCGCGCUGCGCGUGUCGGGCGGCGGCGAAGGAACUGCGGCCCCGGCCCGACCCCGACCCCGGGACCCUUCCCCAGCCGCCCCCCGCCCACGGGCCGCCCCCGGGGCCCGUAGUCCCCUACCCCGCUGGCGGGGCCCGGACAGAAGAUGGUGCAGAAGAAAACAGCCGAACUUCAGGGCUUCCAUCGUUCGUUCAAGGGGCAGAAUCCUUUCGAGCUGGCCUUCUCCUUAGAACAAGCUCACCUCGGGGAGACUGACUUCAUCCUGGAGCACCCAGCCCGCCCUGAUAUGCCCACGAGCCAGCCCAUUGACAUCCCAGAUGCCAAGAAAAGGAGCAAGAAGAAAAAGCGGUGCCGGGCAACUGACAGCUUCUCAGGCAGGUUUGAAGAUGUCUACCAGCUACAAGAGGAUGUGCUUGGGGAGGGUGCCCACGCCCGUGUGCAGACCUGUAUCAACCUCAUCACCAACCAGGAGUAUGCCGUCAAGAUCAUUGAAAAGCAGCCCGGCCACAUUCGGAGUAGGGUUUUUCGGGAGGUGGAGAUGCUGUAUCAGUGCCAGGGACACAGGAACGUUCUAGAGCUGAUUGAGUUCUUCGAGGAGGAGGACCGCUUCUACCUGGUGUUUGAGAAGAUGCGUGGUGGCUCUAUCCUGAGCCACAUUCAUAAGCGAAGACACUUUAAUGAGUUGGAGGCCAGCGUGGUCGUGCAGGACGUGGCCAGCGCCUUGGAUUUCCUGCACAACAAAGGUAUCGCCCACAGAGACCUAAAGCCAGAAAACAUCCUUUGUGAGCACCCCAACCAGGUUUCCCCUGUGAAGAUCUGUGACUUUGAUUUGGGCAGUGGCAUCAAACUAAAUGGGGACUGCUCCCCCAUCUCCACCCCAGAGCUGCUAACCCCGUGUGGUUCUGCAGAGUAUAUGGCCCCUGAGGUGGUGGAGGCCUUCAGCGAGGAGGCCAGCAUCUACGACAAGCGCUGUGACCUCUGGAGCCUGGGUGUCAUCCUCUACAUCCUGCUCAGUGGCUACCCACCCUUCGUGGGCCACUGUGGCAGCGACUGCGGUUGGGAUCGUGGUGAGGCCUGCCCAGCCUGCCAGAACAUGUUGUUUGAAAGCAUCCAAGAGGGCAAGUACGAGUUUCCUGAGAAGGACUGGGCCCACAUCUCCUUUGCUGCCAAAGACCUCAUCUCAAAGCUGCUGGUUCGCGAUGCCAAGCAGAGGCUGAGCGCUGCGCAGGUCCUGCAGCACCCCUGGGUGCAGGGGUGCGCUCCAGAGAACACCCUGCCCACGCCCAUGGUCCUGCAGAGGAACAGCUGUGCCAAAGACCUCACGUCCUUCGCAGCCGAGGCCAUCGCCAUGAAUCGGCAGCUGGCUCAGCGCGAGGAGGACGAGUUGGAGGAAGUGGAGCAGGGCCAGCCCAUGGUCAUCCGACCUACCUCACGCUGCCUGCAUCUGUCCCCACCAUCCCAAUCUAAGCUGGCCCAGCGGCGGCAGCGAGCCAGUCUGUCAGCAGCCCCUGUGGUCCUAGUCGGGGACCACGUGUGACCCCCUCCCUCCCUCCCUCCCUCUGUACAUUGGUCGCCCCCUUCCCCGUUAGAUCUCAAGAGUUUUUUAAGCUAUUGCCAGCCAGUGACCAGCGGGCUGUGCUACCCGCCCCCUCCCCCCACCAUGGGUUCUGAGUUGCUCAGCUCAGCUCAGCUGGGGGUGUCUUUUUAUAUAAAGUUUUUGCUGUUGGGUUUUUCCUUUU